AUGGAGGAGAUAGAGCUACAUAUUAUCAAAAAUGAGAUAAUAAAAAUAGGAGAUAAGCUAAUAGAUAGUGAUGACAUAUUUCAUUUGUGUAAAAGAAUACAGAGGAGCAGAAUAACACAAUGCAUUGAAGCUAUUUUGGAGUGCAUAUUUUACAUGCCAGUGAAAGUAGGAAUAUAUGCAACGAUAUUGGGAAUAAUAACAAAGGAUGAUGAGAAGCUGAAGCUGCAAUUGUUCUUGAAGCUAAAUCAUAAUAUAGAAGUUUUUAUAAAGGACAACUCGCUACACUGCUUAUUAUGGAUAAGGUGCAUAAUCGCCUUAAGCUGUUGCCACGUGUUUCCAUUUGGUCAGUGUUUGAAUUUAUUUAAAAAUUUAUACCAAUUGUGUAUCGAAUUGUACAAGGAGAAGGAGUUUAUAAAGGGAGACAACAUCCUGUAUUUGUUUUUAAGCAAUUUCUUUUAUAUAUCGAAACAGAUAUAUGAUGAGAAUAAGGAGGAGUUGGAUAACAUGCUGACUAGCUGUUUCGAUUUAAUCGAAAAAAGACAAGAACACAUUGAUAACAUAGACCUAGACAAUAAUGACGCAGCGACCAUCGAGUAUAUAUACUUCUACAUUAACAGUGUUAUACAUAGUGAAAAUUUUUAUGAUAGAUUAUUUUAUUUGAAAAGUGCUUUGUACAAUUAUGUGGAGAAUAAUUUAAAAAGCGUGGCUACGCAUAGGUUCUACCAGAAGGAAAUAUUUCAAAAUAUAUUUUUAAAGAAGGAAAGUUUGGAGGAUGGUUUAUCUGGUGAGGAAGAGGGGUCCGAUAUUCACAGGGUUGUUCUUCUGGAGAAUGGAGAUCACCAUGUGGAUGGUGAAGCGGAUAACGCUUACCAAAACGGUGUAAGCAAUUUAAGUAAUGACACCUCUGGUGUGGCAUCACAACAGAAUUAUAAGAAAAAAGAAAUAACCCUUCCAAUGGUUAUAGAGAAGUGCACAAAUGUGGAAUUCUUUUCUAACUAUGAUUGCGCGCAGAGUAUCUUAAGUCUUCAAAUUAAAUUCAAGACAAAGCAUGCAGAUAGUAAAAACAUGCACGACGUGUGGUUAAUGCAGGAGCAUAUUUUACACAUCAUCGAACUGUAUAACAAUAGCGUUGAAUUCAGCGCCAAGAUAUUAGGCCUGUACGUUCAGCUGCAGAGCAAAUUAUACAAUAAUGUGUUAGUCGAAUGUAUUAUCAACAAAUUGUUGUCUUGUUUUAAUAAGAAGAAUUACUACUUUUAUAUAUCGCUCGUUCAUAGAUUAUUGUUAAUAAAUAAAAAUUUGGGAAGUGUAAUUAUCAGAUGCAUUAAAUUUGUUUUGAAGCAAAUUGGCAAGUUGGACAACGAGUCCUUCUACCUGUUCAUGGAGCUUUGUCUCUACAUGCUGUCUUACUUUGCCUACGAGAAUAAGGUGCUGAAGAGUAGGGAGAACUUCUUCAAAAGGAGGUAUAACGACAUGAAUAAAAUUUUAAAAGUGCAGGAGGAGAAUAUGCAGAAGACGGGCCAGGAAAAUGGGGAGGAGCCCAACCAGAAUAAGAAGAAGAGGAAGCGGGACGAGGGGGAGCCAACAGAUCAACCAACUAACCAACCAAAUGAGCAAACAGAUGAAAAUGCUAAUGAGCUAUCCAAUGAACUACCCAAUGAAAACGCCCACGAUGGGGACAACGUCACCGGCACGAAGAGAACCCCCGUUGUCCUGAAAAAAAAUGAAAGCACCCUAAACGCGAUGAAAAACCUGGAUUGCAAAAUGCCCUUCUGCAUUGAAGCUGACAUGAGGUACAGCUCUGAUGAGGAGGAGGAUGAUAAAGGAAAUGAAGAUCCAGAUAAAGCGCAAAAGGAUGAAGGGGAGGAAAAUGACGAAGAAGAAAGUGACGAUGAAGAAGAGGAUGAAGAAAAUGACCAAACUGAUGGUAACAAACAUAUUUUUGACACCCAGAGUUUUAAGGAGGAGUUAGAGAAUCUCAACAUGGGAGAUAAUUUAAAAAAGUUCACCAAUUUAAUGUAUAGUGUGAAGAAGAAAUAUUGCCGAAAGUGGAUACGAAAUUUUUAUUUUAAAUCAUGUUCGUUAAUAUAUAAAAAUGAAUUAGAGAAUUUGAUUCCCAAAUCGGUUAUCACCUACUGCAACAGUUUUAAGUAUAAUGUGGACCGUCAACAUGAAGCAUAUUACGAGUAUGCCAUUUUUAACUCCAUUUUGAAAUACUCCAUAGAGGAGAUUAACAAUAUAGAAGAUCAAUUUUAUGACAUGAGUAGGGAGGAUGAUUAUAAUAACGACGUUGAGCAGAAGGCUUUGGACAAAUUUAAAGAUUCAGUUAAUACGUUUAUUCAGACGUUUUUUAAUUAUAUGAAUGAAAAAACGUGUUUGAAUAAAGUCCCCCAUUAUUUUGAUAAUAUGGAAAAAAAUAUUCAGCAAUUCGAUAACCUUUCAAGUACCAGCAAUUUGGAUGGCGCCAUUUUUGACAGUUACAUUUUUUCAAGUGAUUUUACAGAUAGUGAAGUAUGUUGGAACAGUUACAGCAUUUUAAUUUUAUUUUUUAAGGCGCUCAUAUUUUUUGACACUUCAAAUGUUUCUUCUUUGAAAAAGAACUUCAAAAAUCACGCGGUCAUUUUUUCUAAUUAUAAAAAUUCGGGUGUAUUUACAUCUGAUGAGGAAAGGCUCCAGUUCGAAAUAGAAUUAUUGUCAAUUGUGUAUGCCUACUUUAAUAACUCCAUUUUGCUGAACGCUGUUGUGGCGAUUUUGCUUGAGAAUGAAAUCGUCCAGGAGUUGUCCGUCAUGCAUUUUAUUUUUGCGAAAUUGGAGGAUUCCAGUUUGGACGAGUACUACGUGCUGAGACUGAUUUACGAAAGCAUAGACAACCUAAUUAUUAGGAAGGAAUGCAUGGACGUGGAAAAGAGCAAGCUGAAGAGGAAGCAAACCAAGAACGAAAACGAAAUGUUAAUGAAAGAAUUGGAGGAUAAAAAGAAUGAACUCAUUCAGAAGGUUUUCCUUUUGACCAAUAAAACAAUUUUCAUGCUAAGUGAAAAAAUGAUAAAAUUGAAAAAUGAAAAUAACGCAUACCUGAGCAAGGAACUGUUAAAAGAGUCCUUGGUGUUUUUACGAACGUAUGCAGAUUAUGUCGAUGCUGAUCAAUUCUUGCAGCUGUGCCAGGAAAACAGUUUCGCCUCAGAACUGACAGAAUUAGCAACUAUUUUUAAGUACGCUAGUUUGAAAAAGAAGAACAUCGAAGGGAAUUAGGAUACCCGUUUGACGUGCUUAUGUAAUUCGUAACUUC